AUGGGAUUUUUAGAAACACUAAAGCCUUAUUGCGUCUCUGAAGUUCAUUCGUUAGGCGACCAACGAUCUAUAUGGAGGAAACGAUAUCUCACCUUUUUAAAUAACGUUCUUAUCCAUGAAAAUCACGACGAUCUUAACAAAAGGCAGGCAACUUUUCUGAUUCAACAGAAACGUCCACUUGAAGAAGAAAAAAACUUUUGGGAUAGCGUCAAGAUAGAAAAAGAGCUAAUAUUGAAGGAGGUGAAUUCACACUUGCAGAAACAAGAUAAUAUGGAAAGAGGAGAAGCGGGUACAUCAUCUGAACAAAAGCGAUCUUACGGGAAAGAAUUACCUUCAACCCCACCAAAUAAGGUCAGAACAUUCAAUAGAAUUUCUCCUAAUGAGGGCCUAUCAAUGAUAAGAGAUUCGAGGAUAAUGGAAGUUUUUGAUGAAAAUGUCACGUCAGAUCUGAAAGAGAAAGCCCAACGAUCUGCCACACAUUUUCUGCCGAAAAAACGUGCACGUAACACACAGCAAGAAGCUGAAAAAGAUGUUACGGAUGAAGAUUUGGCGAAUUCAGUGAUCGAUGCUUCCAGCACUUUCGGCCAAAGGUUAGUGUUGGAUGACGAGGAUAUGCACAUAAGUGAAAAGACACGUAGAUAUAUAGAGCUCUUUGAUCAUAUUAUGGAGGAAGAGAACGUGGAAGAUAUUUAUGAUGACGUAGUUGUGGACGAAGUAGCUCGCAGUGAUCUUGUAGAUGAAAAUAAUGAAGAGACGAAAAAUAUGGAAGGGGAUGACGAAAAGUUUAACAAAUCAAUUGCUAAAAUGGAGGAAAUAGUAUCGGAAGGUCCCAAUAAUCCGGACCCUGAUAAAAUUAAUGAAGAUAGACAGAAGUUGAUGAAUGAGGGUGUUUUUGCCAUCAAUAAGUUUAUGACAAGAACGGGACUGCCAACGUGGGAAGUAUGUAGUACAUUGAAGGUUUUCUUGGCUCAAGGAUUUGGUGAUAAUGUUGAAAUUGGCCAAAUGAUAUUUAUUGGAUCUGGAUUGUACUUGUUCUCACCAUUUACGAUUCCAGCUCUCGUCAUCCCAACUUCUGCUGAUAACUUAGAACAUGUACUUCGACUUAUUCGAACACUCUUAUGUUUACGAUAUAAUGUUCUUAAGGAGGUUAAGAUGUUUGAAAUGUUUGCAAAGGAAGGAAAGCGACAUAUCACGAAACCUAAAACUAAAUAUCCAACUGGAGUCACACCCGAACGGCCAAAAGCUGUGACAUUUGCAGAAUUUUUACCAACGAUAUCAAAAGGAGAAAGGAAGAGGGGUAGAGGUCAUGGUAGGGGAGGAGGGCAGGAUUCCACGGUUUGA